UACCGUGCGGCCAAACUCAAGUCCGACCACUGAUUCGCGUUGUCAAUCUGAUCCCUGUAUCAAUCGCUGGCUGUGAGUGAUUUGCUGAGGACAGGAUGAAGGAUGGGAGCGCUCACUCUGCGCGGAUACAUAAGGAGCUCCGGGGAUCGCCGCUGAAACUGCUGGAGUGGAGUGAUGAUGAAGUUCCUGCUAACACUGACCAUCUGCGCUUCAGCAUUCUUUGCUCAAAGAGUCGCCACUGUGAGAGCCCCUGAAUGCGGGAAAUAUCAACUACCUACAUGUACAUUUAGUGCAAAACCAAUUUGUGCAACUGAUAACACCGUUUACUUAAAUGAGUGCCUGUUGUGCGGAGCCAAUCAGAAUCUUAACCAAAAUGUUCAAAUUGUGAAGGAUGGACCCUGUGAAGGUGACGAUGCAGGAGUCAGAAGGACACUGGAGAACUUUGAGUUAUCACAUGAAGAUUGAUGCCGUUUAGUUGAUGGGUAAUAGUCUACCGACUCUAUUCCUUUAGCAUGUUGAGCUUCUCUUCAGAACAGGUGGAUUUGCUGACUAGGUGUUCACGGAGAAUUCAUCAAGAAAUCAAUUGUCCUCAUGUUCUACUUGAUCUGGGAAUAAACCCUCAUACACCUUCUGCAAAGAUUGAUCACAGGUUUCAAUAAAUAAUAUUAAAAACACUUAAUUAGUGUGAAUUAUUACUUCCUUCAAUUUUAAUAUAAUCAAAUGAGAGGUAGUAGCUCUGUGUCCCUCCACACAAUUCUUCUUUUCCUUCUUCAGAAUUACAGACAGGUUAAAACCUGGAAGGAGGCCAUUUGGCCCAUUGAGAGUAUAGCAGCUCAUCACUCAUCCCUGAGUCCGGCAGAGUCUGGCAAUCUUUUCCUUUCAAGUCUUUAUCCAUCAGCCUUUGAAUACCAGAAUUAAGCCAGUCUUCACUGCGAGAACAUGAACAUAGACCACCACAGUGCAGGAAUAGGCUCUUCAGUCCAUGAUGUCUGUGGUGAACAUGAUGCCAAGUAAAAUUAAUCCAUUGUCCCCUUUUGACUUCUUCCCAUCUCUGACCUUUGUUCAUCCUUCUGCCAACCAAAAGUCCCCUCACCUGCAUCCACCUAUCACUUGCCAAGCUUUGUAGUGCAUCCGCCUCGCUUCCCCUUUAUUUCACUCCACUACAAUCAGUCUGAAGAAGGGUCCCAAGCCAAAACACU